AUGCCAAGUCCAAAAGCAGCAAGUCCUUCUAAAAAGAAAUCCCCAGUAAAGAAAAAUAGUCCUUCGAAAGGUGGGAAAAAGGUUGAAGAAGGUUUGGACCCUGAAGAUGCUAUCUUCGCAAGGAAAAGAUAUGACACAAUGGACACGAUUUUUGCAAGGAAAAAGGAGAACAUAAAAUUAUAUGUCAAAAGUAUACACAUAUAUGAAGUAUGGAAUAAAGUACCGGCCUACGAGCAGUUCUGUAAUUCAAACAAGGGUUCAAGCCCAAACAAAUCCAAAGGGUCUCCGAAAAAAUCCCCUAAAGCUGCGGCCAGUGCAAGGCCUUCGAUAGGGAACGAAGAAGAGGAGAAACCAGAAUAUGAGCCCGCCCUUGUUAGUGGCGUGGUUGCUGUCAAAUUGCCACUGAUACAGAAUAAUAACAAACUAUUCGUGGAAGCGAGUUGUGAAUUCCGCUAUCUAGGUCAUUCAAAAGUUCCUCCUUACCCAGAAGCUAUUGCCACAUCAUCCAAAUCCUUUAAAAUAGCAUCCUUUAUUUUUCCAUACAACUUUGAAAGCCCUACUCCCUUAACAGAUUUCGGUCAGCAGAUGACAAACAAGCUCAGAGAUGAGCUGGGAAGGGAGUUUAAAGCAUACCCUUUUCAGAUAGAAAUCACUCAAGCACCUGACUCAAUAUUUUUCAAUAGGCCAUUCACUAAGGAAUAUACUAGCGGACUAUUUUGGACAUUGCGCGCUUUCACCGCCAGGAAGGAUUAUUGUGAGCCACUACCAGAAAACGAAGUGGUAAUGGAGUUCUUUAAAUAUACAAUAUGCCCCAAAAUAGCAUCCCAAAUGCUACGAGAAAGUGAUCCAGUUGAAUCAAUAAGAUAUGGGGCACAAGGAGAUAGCGGAAGUCUACUUUUAAUUGCCCAACUGGAUAGAGAUAUUUAUUUUCUUGGGGAAGAAAUAAACGUUGGUAUAAAAAUUGAAAAUUCCUCAGCACGUCACAUUGUUCACAGCAUUGGGGUCUACGUGGAGCAAACCUAUCGGAUCCGGCAUCAAAUCCCCCAGGAUGUCAGCACCUCCAUUGGAGAAGUAAUAAUUUCAUCCGGUGAUUCAGGGCUACCCUUACAGCCACGAACCAAAUUAUGGACCAAGCAAGUGGCGCUACGACCGCACUACGAAAAUAAAUACAAUCUUGCGACCGAUGGAAGAAUGGCAAUAGAUGGAAAAAUUAUGUUGGCAGGUAGUACUAUAAUAAUGGCAACAAGACAAAUUGAAGAAAAUAAAAGUUCGGUUGCUCCACCAUACGAGAAGGAAAGUAAAGAAAAAAACAAACCACCAGAGGCGAAAGCAGGAAAGCCUAAAAAAUCUCCAUCUCCAAAAAAAAAGCAGCUCCCUGCUGCUAAAGAAAAGCAAAUAGAUUCUGAGUCAAAAUCUAAGGAGAUGAAAAAUACAGUGAGGCAAGUAAGGACUCUAACAAACGAGCAAAUUUGUCGGAGUAUAUUCGUCUCUUAUGACGUUGUGGUGAGGCUAAAUUUGCGUACAGUGAGUGGAGACGAAGGUGGAAACCCGUCAGUGCGUGUACCUUUCAUUUUAACACGCGAAAGCAGAUAUCUAGAUAAGCUAUCAAAUCCUGCCCCUCCCACCUGGGAAUUGUCUGAGCUGCACAAGAUCUGUGAAAAAUUAUAA